AAUUUUGAUUUAGUUCAAUUGGCUUGCCUUCGUUCUUCCCUCUUCAACCCUCUCCUCACCACCUUGCCGAUUGUAAUUGAAUCACCACUUAUUAGGACUUUUCGAACUUCUCUCUUUACUGGACUUGGGAGAAUAAACGAAAACGAUACCUAGUUGUUGCGUUUCACUGUUACCCUGAACCAAAGUGAAGAAAGAAAAAAAGGGUCAUCAGAACAAGAAGAACAAGAAGAGGCUUCUGUUCUGUGCUAAAAACAAAAGAGUUGUUUUCAUUCGCUUCCAUCGUUCCCAUCAUAAUAAACGAAUACCAUUGAAGAAGAAGAAGAACAAUGUCAUCGUAUCAGGGAUUUGGGAAGAGUUCAGGACCCACCGCACCACUCAAAUCCCAACCCUAUUUCGGUCUCACUAACCCUUCUCCUUCACCUGUUCCUGCUCCUUCGUCGCAACCCACACCCAGAUCCAUUGACUCUUCCAGUUGGAGUGAUGGACAGAAACUGCUCUAUAAAGAUUUGGGUACCCAUAUUCCUGAAAGGCCAUCUCCAGUCACAACAUUUAUUGCUACACAUGAUUCCACAACUGGUGUUACAGCCAGAAUUUCAAGAUUUCCAAACCCAGAGAGAACCAGAUCUCCUCCUAUAUCAUAUUCAGAUUUGGAUACUGAUACUCCAGAAAGGCCAUCUCCAGUCACAACUUUUAUUGCUUCACGUGAUUCCGCAACUGGUGUUACAGCCAGAAUUUCAAGAUUUCCAAACCCAGAGAAAACCAGAUCUCCUCCUAUAUCAUAUGCAGAUUUGGAUAUUGAUACUCCAGAAAGGCCAUCUCCAGUCACAACAUUUAUUGCUUCACGUGAUACCGCAACUGGUGUUACUACCAGAAUUUCAAGAUUUCCCAACCCUGAGAGAACCAGAUCUCCUCCUAUAUCAUAUGCAGAUGUUGAAGCUUUGAGGAAUUCUGAUCAAACUGUUCUAAGAAAUAAGCCUUCUCUGUCUCCUCCUAGACUGGGAAGUACAUCAAAUGUUCCGAGGACUGUCCCUCAUUCUCAAAUUCACCAGAAAUCUUUCCCGUCUAAUGUUUCUGAAGCCACUGUAAGCAAGCCCAUCAGCUCCACUGCUCCUAAAAGAUCAAGAUCACCUCCUCCAUCAUUUGCAGCCAAUGUAACCCUUGAAGGAAACUCAAUUUCCUCAGAAGACAACUCUGAACGUGAAAUGUUAGCCAAGGCAAAGCGUUUAGCUCGGUUCAAGGUAGAACUAAGCAAAUCUGAACAAAAUAAUGAUGAUAUUCCCAAUCAGACGGCUUUUGCAAAUAGACAUGAACAAUCUGUGUUGGAGCAGAAAUAUGUGAGAGGGAAUUUAAUGGAUUCAGCUAGAAACUUUACCAAUGGUCUUGCUGUUUCUGACAAUGAAGGCUUGGAAACAUCCAAUUUAAUUAUUGGCUUAUGUCCAGAUAUGUGUCCUGAGUCAGAAAGGGGAGAACGAGAAAGAAAAGGGGAUCUUGACCAAUAUGAACGUGUGGAUGGGGAUAGAAAUGUAACUAGCAGACUUCUUGCAGUUAAGAAGUAUACUAGGACAGCAGAGAGGGAAGCCAUUUUGAUCCGGCCUAUGCCUAUCCUGCAAAAGACAAUUGAUUAUCUGCUCACUUUGCUAGAUCAGCCUUAUGAUGAAAGGUUUCUUGGUGUAUACAACUUCUUGUGGGAUAGGAUGAGAGCAAUUCGAAUGGACCUCAGAAUGCAGCACAUUUUCAAUCAAAGGGCUAUUACUAUGCUGGAACAGAUGAUAAAAUUACAUAUCAUUGCAAUGCAUGAAUUAUGUGAAUACACUAAAGGAGAAGGAUUUUCCGAGGGCUUUGAUGCUCAUCUCAAUAUUGAACAGAUGAACAAAACUUCAGUUGAUCUGUUCCAGAUGUAUGAUGAUCACAGAAAGAAAGGAAUCAAUAUUCCCACCGAAAAAGAGUUUCGAGGCUAUUAUGCUCUUCUUAAACUGGAUAAGCACCCUGGUUAUAAAGUUGAACCUGCAGAGCUCUCACUUGAAAUUGCUAAGAUGACUCCAGAGAUUAGGCAGACUCCAGAAGUUCUAUUUGCUCGCAGUGUAGCAAGAGCGUGCCGAACAGGUAAUUUUAUUGCCUUCUUUCGGCUUGCAAGAAAAGCAACUUAUCUUCAAGCAUGUCUAAUGCAUGCUCACUUUUCUAAGUUGCGUACCCAGGCACUUGCUUCUCUGCAUUCUGGUCUACAGAAUAGCCAAGGUCUCCCUGUUGCUCAUGUUGCUAACUGGCUUGCUAUGGAGGAUGAAGGUAUAGAGGGUCUCUUGGAGUAUCAUGGAUUCUUGCUAAAAACAUUUGAAGAGCCAUACAUGGUGAAGGAAGGCCCAUUUCUCAAUGUUGAUGUUGACUUUUCCACAAAGUGUUCAAAACUUGUGCUCAAGAAAAGGUCUGGAAGGAUAAUCGAGGAUGUUUCACCCUCAAUUCAAGCUGAAUCACCACGUGUUGAGACUGUGAAAGAGAUUCAGAUGAGGAAGGUAUACAAGCAUGAACCACAAGUAGUUUCAGCUGUUGAAAAUGAUACUUCUGUGCAGAUACUUGAUGAGGAAAUUCCAGACGCUGAAGCUAUUUUCUCCCCAAAGGAUAGUAAAUCAGGAAAGGCAUUUAAGGAUGUUCAGGACAAUCGAAAAGAUCACAAUAUGUCCACUACUAGUCCAUCACUGUUGAGCUUCCCUUUUCCUAAUAUUAUACCUGAACCACAACUUCCUAGAAUUGACGUUUUCAAGGAUACCAAUUCCGAUUUAAUUGCAAGAGGUUCUCCAAAGAGAAACUUGCCGUCUAAUGUUGAUGGAAGGCCAUUGGAGAUUGUACCCAAAGCAGCUCCACCAGAAAGUUCAUUAGGGAAUAGUUUUUUUGUGCCACCUCCUGUGGCCCAGGGUAUAUCCAAGGAUGAGUCUCUGAUUAUUCACCAAGAACAUCACGAUGAAAUUGAUGAAGUUAGAGAAAAUUGUCAAGAUGAAGAAAUUGCUGAGGCCAAGCUGAAGUUGUUCUUAAGGUUAUGGAGGAGGCGAGCAUCAAAAUUAAGAAGAUUACGGGAAGAGAGGCAAUUAGCAUCAAAUGCUGCACUAAACUCGAUGCCAUUGGGCCCCCCAAUUCAACAUUAUAUUAAUCGACCUGGUAACUUCAACAAGUUUGACAUUGAUAUAGCUAUGAGGGAGAGAUAUGAAAACCAGGAAAAAUCAUGGUCAAGACUUAAUGUUUCCAAUAUAGUUGCUGAUACACUAGGCCGAAGAAAUCCAGAUGCUAAAUGCUUGUGCUGGAAGAUCAUUCUAUGCUCUCAGAUGAACAGUGGAUAUGAAAUGGGAGAGGCAGGCACUUGGUUGACCUCAAAGUUCAUGCCUUCUAGUGAUGAAGAUGCGGUUAUUUCAUCUCCUGGCUUGGUAAUAUGGAGGAAAUGGAUUUCUAGUCAAUCUGGCAUCAACCCUACCUGCUAUCUCUCUGUAGUUAGGGAUACAGCAUUUGGUAGUCUAGAUGAGGCGGUAUCUGGGGCAGGUGCGGUUAUGUUUCUUGUGUCUGAGAGCAUCUCAUGGGAACUUCAGAGAUCUCAUCUUCAUAAUCUUCUGAUGUCAAUUCCCUCUGGGGCCUGCUUGCCUCUGCUGAUCUUAUGCAGCUCAUACGAUGAAAGGUUCUCUUCUGCUAUUAUCAAUGAGCUGGGUCUUCAAAGCAUUGAUAAAUUGAAGAUUAGUAGCUUUCUGCUUGUUUUUCUUAGUGAAAACCAGCAGCAGAUGGAACACUUGGGUGGAUUUUUCAGUGAUACACGAUUAAGGGAAGGGCUGCAAUGGCUGGCAGGUGAAUCACCCUUGCAACCCAACCUUGGCUGUGUGAAAAUACGAGAACUUGUUCACGCCCAUCUUAAUUCUUUCUCAGAGAUGCUGGACAUUGCCAUUAACUCCAACGUGGGUCCUAAUGACUAUGUUUCAUUGUUCAAUGAAGCCUUAGAUCGUUCAACUAAAGAAAUUAUUGCUACUGCCAAUUCAAAUCCUACUGGUUGGCCUUGUCCAGAAAUUGGUUUACUUGACAAGUUUUGUGAUGAAGAUAGAGUAGUAAAAAUGUGCUUGCCAACUUUGGGGUGGAGCUCAAGUGUGAAAACCGAACCAACUAUUUGUGCUUUGCAAAACUGUAAGCUCCCUAAUUUCCCUGAUGAUAUAUCAUGGUUGGCCAGAGGUUCUAAAGUUGGACAUGAGAUUGAAAGCCACAGGAUACAGCUUGAGAAUUGCUUGAUCCAGUACUUGGCUCAUACUAGUAAGACGAUGGGAAUUUCUUUGGCAACAAAAGAGGCGCGUGUCACAAUGCAAAGCUGUGCUAGACUUGAGCUGCGUGGCUCAAGCUACCAUGUAGUUCCACAUUGGGGUAUGAUUUUUCGUCGAAUUUUCAACUGGCGUUUAAUGGGUUUAUCUAGCAGGGAAGUCUCCAUGGCUUACAUCGCAGAAUGCCAUCAUGUUGCUCUUCCAAAUGUGAGCUCCGAAACAUGGCUGUCUUAUUAUCCAGAUGCGUCUUUAGAUGAAAUAAUCAGUGUUAGCUGUAACUCUCCUCUUCCCGUUAAUGAUCAGCUGAGGCCGGAUGCCCUUCAAAGUCCUCCACAUAGGGAUUCAAAUGAUGUAUUCCAUGAGACUGUUAACGUGAUGGAUACUGAAAGCAAUCUUCCACUUGAUAAAUUACCUAGCAUGGAUACAACUGGAACAUAUGGUUUAUACAGUGCUAAUUCUAACAGUGGAGCAUUAACGAAUGGGAAACCAACCAAAGAAGCUGACAAGUUAAGCAAAUUAUUGGAGCAAUGUAACUUGCUGCAGGAUGGCAUAGAUAAGAAGCUUUUUUUAUACUUUUAAUAGGCACGUGAUUUCUAUGUUUCUAUUUUUUGUAUGUAUCCUCAACUAAAGUAAAAGAAAAAACAAUCAAAUGUUGAUUUGUAGGAAAUUUUGUACAACAAAGUAAAAUUAUAGUUUUUUAUUUUCUUUUGCUGUUUCAUUUCCUUCCCAUCUCCGAGUUCACAAGGGUGACAUGGACUUGAGGAGAAUGAAGCCACUCGCGCGAAACUAUUGGAAUUGAAGAAACAUGCUUUUCUAGUAUUAUAAAUGGUCCCAUAUUUGAUUAUUCAAAA